AUGAAAUUAAGCGCAAAAAAAUGCCACACAGUGGCACCAUUAAUGCAUGACUUGCACAUUUCGCAAGUCAUUUUGGAUGUGACAUCGGUCCCCGUUACUAGUGUAGAAGGUUUUCGUCAACUAUGGUUGAAAUUGGAAGGAAAAACAGCUUUAAUAGCUCAUAUUUCUUCAACUAAGCCUCAUGUGAACACAGCGACAACACUACCGAAAGGUGCUGAGCCGGCAUUUUACAUUCGAGGAGAAGACUGUGAAGUUCAUGUGACUGGUUAUUUCAUGGUGAACGAGGACGAUGAACACGAAACAAAACAGCCAAAUCAAAUCGGCGGCAUUCAGAAGCUCCAAUUCAACGAAUUAAGUAAUAUGGCACCAAAUUCUUUUGCGCCGAAUCCAUUUUCACAAUCAUUUUCUUCGCUUCGUUCACCACACACAAAAUCGGACCAAAUCAUUCAACCUCCGAAGCUCGAUCUACUUAAAAACCAAAAACAAAAAUCGAAUGAUUCGGGUUCAUUUUUCGAGGAUCAUCAUGACGAUGCGAAGAUUGGUGCAAAACGUAUAAAAUUAGAUGAUGCUCAUGAUGAUCGUGAAAAUUUGUCGAAUUCCGAUGUAGAAAACAUCUCAGACGAAGACUAUGAAUCAGCAUCCCAGACGGUUAAGGCGAAGAUCGAAGAUUCUGAUUCGAGUGAAAAUGAAAAGUUGGAACUCGACGUUCAGAUUGAAGAUUUGAUACGUGGUAGAGGAAGAAAAAUGAAGAAAGGAGACAAGGUGAACAUAGUUUAUACGGGGUUUGUUGAUGCUAAACUUGUACUUCCUAAAAAAUCGAUUACAUUCAUCAUCGGCGCAAAGGACCAAGUAAAAGGGUUAUCAAUUGGCGUCGAAGGUAUGAAACGCGAUGGACAACGACGUAUCACCUGUCCCCCAAAAGCUGCAUUUGGUGCCAAAGGUAUACCGUCAGUCAUCCCAGCCAAGUCGACAGUUGUGUUUGACGUCACACUAGAAGACUAUGAAUAG